AUGGCCCAUUCUCCCGCAACGGGCCAACGUGCUGGCGGCCCUGUCGCCCCACUCAGUAUCCGGGGAUUGCUCGAGCUUCAGGACGAGCUUGAUCCCGACGACGCGGCCCAGCAUGUCUCCGGGGAUCGCCAUGGCGGAGAGGGGCAGGCAAACAAGAAGCGGAAGCUCGCCAAGACGGCCGACUUCACCCGCAGGAAGAGAGCCGCCACUGCCUGCCAAUUCUGUCGUCUUCGGAAGACAAAGUGCGACAAUGUUCGGCCGUGCUGUGGCUAUUGCGAGCGACAAAAGGCGAAAUGCAUCUACGGCGAAUCAGAGUGGCUCGAGGACACUGUUGAAGAUCCCGACCAAAGCGAAGGGAUGGGGCGUCGGAUACUCAAGCACCUGGAAGAGAUCAAGGAGAUGCUGGCAACCAAUCAGUCUCGUUUGCCAACGAAUCCCUCUGUGAAUACUCCUACUGUAGUCACAGCGGCCACACCUCGAACAACGCUUCAGACUACUACAACCCCCCGGACUAUAGGCCAGAGCCCAUGGACUGAUGCUACCGACAACGGGUCCCAGACGACGUCAACAAAGGCACCCGCGUCAAAUGCAGUGAGCCGCCCGCAUGCAUUAGCUCGCUGCGAGUCACUGCUCCGAUGGCCCAUCUUCAACGGCAUCGUGUCCGAAGAGGUCGCUCGGAUUGAGUCCUUCCUGACGGACUCCGACUACAAGGCCAGGCAGCAAGACGCGAAUGCACCGACGAGGCACGCGUCACAAGAACAAACCGGCAAAGGUAUUCGCGAUGACGCGUUUGUACCGCUGUGUCGCAAAUUUCUUACUCACGUCCAUCCUCGGAAUCCCGUGCUCGACGCGGAUGAGUUGAUGCGUUUUGCGAGAGACGCUGAAGAACACGGGGUUAAAUGGGAUUCAGAGUCUUGUCUCGUGCUCCUUGCUUGUGCAUUGGCUACAUACACGAAUCCUUGGGAGCCGCCUGUUGAUCUUGCGAAUGACGCCGCGGCCACGGAAGCACAUUUACAGGACCAAGCGGACAGCAGGAUGGAGGCUGAUGUUUACUAUCUGGCUGCCAAAAAGCGACUUGGGCUUUUGGGACAUUCCAUCCAGGAUAUCCAAUGCCUAUUCCUCGCUUCCAUGUAUGACAAGUAUUGUCUUCAGCCAUUGCAGGCCUGGUUCCAUCUGCGAGAAGCAUCAGUCCGGCUCCAUGCGCAUUUGCUCGGCCAACGACAACAGCUAGGCAAGCCGGGAAGGGCAGUGUCAAGUCAACACCUGGAACAACGCGUCUAUUGGUCUACUUGGAGAGCUGAAAAUGAGCUUCUACUCGAGGCUGGACUUCCGACAAGCGGCCUGGAACACUUGUCGUACCCAGAUGCAUUUCCGUCGCCGCCUCCUGACCUUUCUUCCGACCAAUUUGGAGUCACCAGCCCCGAGUCCAUAGGUACACCCCAGGACCAGCAACGCCAACUCGACGAGAAAGGCUGGUGUUACUAUCUCGCCGAAAUCUCCCUCCGGCGCGCCAUCGACGAAACGGUGCAGGUGCUUUAUCAACGAGGCGAUUACUUUUGGCUCCAGAACCAAGAUUACUUAGUCCGUCACUAUCAUGACUUUGAACAGCAAAUCACGUUGUGGCAACAUCACCUUCCAGCCGGAGUCCAGUUCAGCGAGGACCAACCCAACGACAACGAGUUUUCCCACUUUCUCUUCGGCAGGUUUUACGAGUGGCGGGAACUCGUCCUGCGGCCUAUCGUUUACUACGUCCUCCACUCUCCCGCCGAGCGAGUCCACCCCGAGACAGUCCACCACGCCCAAAAGGGCAUCGAUCUUUGCGCAGCGUUGGUUUCGAAGUACUCUUCUCAUCUGCGCCACGGCGGCUCGUGGUUCUUUGCUAGAAAGUCGUUCCUCUGCGCAUGCCUCAUCCUUGCUGUCAUUCUGGAGCCGAACCGCGGGCUUCGACCGCCCCCGAACUGGGCCGACUUGGUCAAGAUUGCGUUGGAGACGUUGAAAAGAUGGGCGAUAGAUGCUUCGGAUAUUUGGAAAAUGUACAUUACUUUGGAUUCCAUGUACCGCGCAAUUUGUAACCAGACUGGUUGCCAGUUCUAUGGUACUACAUGA